CCAGGAGCCAUACACACGAAAUUGCGAGUCUUGGUUGGCGUCUUGGCUGCGAGCAGCAUGAACGGCGGCGGCGGCGGCAAGAAGUUCGGCGGCGGGCGGGUGCCGACGGGGACCCCGUCGCUGGCGUGGUCCUCGGUGGUGGUGGUCGUAUCGCUCCUCGCCGGGGCCUCCAUCGUCCACAACAUCUACAAGCCGGACAUGACGCUUCCACCGGUGGAGGCUGCCACUGGAGUAGUCAGUGGCAACCAAAAGGAGAAAUGAGUUGAUUUUAUGGCCGGCUAGCUGGAGUCCAUACUCAAGAGGCGCCGGCGCCGGAGUGGUGGCUCAAGAGGUUUAGUGUUAUAUGCACGGAGUUCUUCUUUUUGUAUCUCUCCAUUACUUGAACCAAAACAACUCGAGCUUUCGGAUACUGUACUUGCAUGGUGUGGUUUGAAUGCUUGAAGGUGCAUGAUCGAUGCCAAGUUUGAUCCAA